UUCGACAAUUUGCCACCUCAUUUACUACGCGCUGGCGGCUUUCUUUUGGCGUCUCUAGUGUAUCACGCUGAAUAUCUACGAACCACGCUGAGUGAGCAGCAUCCAUUGCAUCGCAACGCGCUUUUCGGAAAUACCAGACUAGUUUCCCAGUUGCAACAGAAAGUAGUUUGCCGAACGGCACGUCCAUCAGAUCGAAUAAGGCCUACUGGUGUACCUCCGCACGUUCAUUUGAUGGCAUCGAUGGAGCAGCAAGCGGCGCAGCUACAGCAGCUAUCAUUGUCGGUUAAUGUAGAUGAUAACGAUGGAGUCCAAAUGGCUACACAAAAGCUGACUCUUACGAUCUCAAGAUUGACGCGAGCACCUGCUGAUUUUACUAUUCCCAGCAUGUCGUUAAGGUGUGCUUGGGAGCACUGGUGCUGUGGUGACCCAUCUGGGCGAAUUGGUCCAUAUCGCUUCCUGCAGUGGCAGGACCUUUCCACUUGUGGGAAGCGGAAGACGCUCUCAGCCUAUCGGUGCGCUAUUCCGAAGCUUUAUAACAGCGAUGUAACACCAAAAAAUCGUCAAAGGCGCAAAGAUCAGCUCAAUUGGUCUACU